CAACGCCUUCCAAUCUAAUUCUACGUUUCUAUACACCUACAAUUUCAACAAACAAAUAAGUAAAUCCAGAUUAAUUUUCCAUUUGCGCAAGAAAUCCUACCUUAUUACCAGGGCUGAACUGGAUAGCAAAUAAAUACACAUUGAUUUCCCAUUGGACACCUUGAGCGAAACGGGUAAUACAAAGACACAGCCCACCUCUGCCCCGCUCUCGUCAUACCUACAAUCAGGUAUCUCUUCUUGAACAUAGAAAUACCAUAUCUAAGGCAUCCUUUCUCAAAGGCUCCUUCGCUGCAUUCAGCCCGAUCUGCGUCAUUUAGUAACCGACCCUCACAUUUGCCUCCCUCAGUUUGUCUACUGCGCGCUCCAUGAAACGAUUAAUCCGUCGACUCACACAUCCGCAAAGCGACAAGGUGAUACAAAAGGGCGCGACCACCGAGAAGGCUGCUCAGAAUGCGCCGGACACCAUGCUCGAGACACCACCACAGCAAGAUAGAAAUACCAUGGCUGACUCAUCAGCCGCAUUUCAGAAUCGUGAAGCGAACACAUCUACCUCAUCGCAUACCCACGACAUGAUUUAUAAAUACUCUUAUGUCCCGGAUUUUUUCAAAAAUUACGCCGAUAUAGCGGAUUCCUCGCUUAAUGGUAAGGUCUCAACUCAACCUGCGCUGGGGAUAUUAGAGAAAGAGUAUGAUGGGGAGAGCGCAAAUCCAACAACAAACGGGGAGCGAGCGCAACAAUGGGUGCGAUUCACAAAUUAUAUCCAGGAACUCAACCGACGACAUAUAAACGACGGCACAUCAUAUAAACUUUUAUACAUAAUACGACACGGGCAAGGGAUUCAUAACGUGAAGAUGGACGAAUUAAAGGUAGCAGAAGAAGCCGGGACUUUGGAAAUAAUCGACGGAAAACCGUUGAACUGGAAAAAUUAUUGGUCGCAUGAGGACGGAGAUGGCAAGGUAAUAUGGGCGGAUGCGCAGCUUGUCGAUAAGGGUAUCCGACAAGCCCAAGAUCUCGCCAAGCUAUGGAUAGACGAAGCGCAGAAGGAUGCGCUACCAUUACCGGGCACGGUCUACACCAGCCCUCUUGCACGAUGUCUCGAAACGACGAGACUUGCAUACACACCGGUUAUGGCUAGACAUGGAAGACGUCUCCAAGCCGUAAUCAAGGAGAACCUUAGGGAACGAAUUACCGAUCAUACAUGCGAUAGACGAAGUACGCGAUCGUGGAUAGAGCGCAAUUACCCCGAUUAUACCAUCGAGGAAGGCUUUUCGGAGGAGGACAAAAGUUGGGAUGUGACAAAAUCGGAAUCGCUCGAGCAACACGUGGUAAGGAUACAGCGACUCUUCGACGAAAUAUUUUCAAAUGACGCCUCUCCGAUCAUUUCCUUAACCACACAUUCGUACGCACUGACGGCCAUAUUGGCACUAGUGGGAUAUCCCAAAUUUCUUGUAAAUGAGGGGACGAUUGUGCCACUGUUCAUCAAGGCUGAAAAAGUUACACAGAAUACUCCGCCUUCAUGAAUAGGUUGCGCGCAUGAGUAGGUGAAGUUUAGCUGGUGUAUCGCCCGUGGCGCAUCGCUUCAGGCGUAUUUUAUGCGGGAAGGCUUCUUUUGGAUCGAUUGUUUGGCUGCCUCGAGAAGGAGGAGGUGCUAAUAAAUCGGGGGCGUCUACACAGCCCCGAUGAUACGAUGCUAGGUAUUACCGCCAGCCACCGAAUUGAGACCUAUUGUCAGGGAUUUCUUCUGUGUCCCCUAAUUGAUUGGCCUAAUUUUGCUGAGGGGCUUCUGUAAUAUGCAGCUUGUAGCGGAAGCGACCCACGAAAAGGCCCCCAAAUCGCAAUGCCUGCAAUGCAACAUGUGUGUGCUGUUUGAUUAGAUUUGAUUAGAAUCUUUC